AUGGCUCGACCCCUUAUUCAUAAAACAACCCAGGCAAAAAUAGUCGCCACACAUGAAAAGCGAGCCCACUACUAUGCCAAAGAUAUCAUUCUCAAGAGACACUGGGAGCUCUGUAGCUCCAAAAGCAAGGAAGCACAGGCAGAGGCAAAACACUCAAAGGAACUCUGCAAAGCUAUUGCAAAAGCUUUGUGUGUUAGCGACACUGACUCCGAGUCCGACGAUGAAUCCGACAACUCAUCAGAUGAGGACGAAAAUAAGCUAUAUGAUCUUCCAGAAUGCUUACUGGUCAUUAAAAACAUCAAGGACGACAUGUUGAAAAUGAUCGGCAAUGACCCUUGCGCAUUCACCCAGGGCAUCUUACAGGUCUAUGUCCAGAGCAUGACGGUGGAUGAUUGCUCCACCAACAGGGAUAUCUCCAUCAUAGAAUCUGCAAUGGCCAAGGUUCAAAAAUCACUCGACAAUACAAUUCCCACGCAAGAUCAGAUACUCAACUUUUGUGGUAUCUCACCUGAGUGGCAUGCUGCUGACUCUGUUGUGCGUUUCUUGAAGACCAUGCUUACUUAUUUAGAGGACUUGCUAUGUCUGGCAGUUUAUGAAGGCGUUUCUGGGCUCACUGAAGCUCACAUGUUGGGGGAACUGAUGUAUCAGAAAGGUGUCUGGAUUUGA